GGAACUCGCUUUACUCUCUCUGAACUCUCUCUGAACAGUAGAGAGUAGAGACACGGAAAACAGAGAUAACAGUAAGGAUACUCCAGCAGCCUCGAAGAAGAAAUCCAAAGCUAUUGAAUAUCCUGAAGCAAAAGCAACACACUGCGUUUCAUUCCUUUUUCGAUUCAAGUAGAACAGAAGUGAAGAGUAUGGAACAAGAAAGGGAGAGAAAUGGGCGAUUGUGUUGCCUGUGCAGUGGGAGGGCCGCCUUGAGAAGGCCGAAAACCCUCCAACAGUUAUGCAGGGAGUGCUUCUUCCGGGUCUUUGAGGACGAGAUUCACCAAGUCAUUGUCUCCAAUGGCCUCUUCACACGUGGGGAGCGUGUGGCAAUUGGUGCUUCAGGCGGCAAAGACUCCACAGUCCUGGCCUAUGUGCUAGCUAAGCUUAACCAAACCCAUGACUAUGGCCUCCAUCUCUUCCUGCUCUCUGUUGAUGAGGGCAUCACCGGCUACCGUGACGACUCCCUUGAAACUGUUCACAGAAACCAAAUUCAGUAUGGAUUGCCUCUCAAGGUUGUCUCUUACAAGGACCUCUAUGGUUGGACCAUGGAUGAAAUUGUUGCCACCAUUGGUAAAAAGAAUAAUUGUACCUUCUGUGGUGUCUUCCGUCGGCAGGCCCUUGAUCGUGGUGCUGCACUCUUGAAAGUAGAUAAGCUCGUUACCGGUCAUAAUGCCGACGAUAUUGCAGAGACAGUUCUCUUGAAUAUACUUAGAGGAGAUAUUGCUAGAUUGAGUAGAUGCACUUCCAUAACCACAGGUGAAGAUGGGCCCAUUCCCAGGUGCAAGCCUUUCAAGUAUACAUACGAGAAGGAGAUCGUAAUGUAUGCAUAUUUCAAGAGGCUCGACUACUUUUCCACUGAAUGCAUCUAUUCUCCAAAUGCUUAUCGUGGUUUUGCCCGAGAGUUCAUCAAAGAUUUGGAAAGACUCAGACCUCGGGCGGUUCUCGACAUCAUUAGAUCAGGUGAGAAUUUCAGGAUUUCUACAACUGCAAAAAUGCCAGAGCAAGGAACAUGUGAACGGUGUGGUUAUAUUUCUAGCCAGAAAUGGUGUAAAGCUUGUGUCCUUCUUGACGGAUUGAAUCGAGGUUUGCCUAAGCUUGGAAUUGGACGAAGUCAUGGUGUCAUUGGUGCAUCCAGGGAUAGAAAUGAAAGGAAUGGUGGAAAGACCAUUGAGAGUAAACAAUGUGGAACUCUAGACUUCUAAUUUUACAUAUAUGACUCAAUUUAUCAUGUAUCAAUGAACAAAUUAAGAGCAUGGAAAAAGUAUCUAAGGGGACAGGAUUAUAAGUUAGGCCUUGCAUAUCUGAAGUUAUAGAUUAAUCCCUUCAUAAAAUUA